AUGAACUUCUUGAAGGGGGACACCAGCGCAAAGCAGAAGGCUCGUGUCGAUGAAAUAAUUCGCAUCGUAACAGAAGUGAAAAAUCAUGAGCAGCGUAACCAGCUCUUUCGAAAACGAGGGCAAGAUGCACAGAUAUGGCUCAACUCCUUGCAGGUGGCCGCCGAACUUCCUGAAAUCUCAACCGAACUUCGAUCGUCGAUAUUCAAAAUAAUGCUCAAGUUGUCGAAACACUCAGAUGUCACCCCGGAAUGUCUCAAUAUCAAGAAUGUAACUCGAGAGGGGAAACAUCCUAUUGGCGGGGGUGGUUUCGGGGACGUAUGGAAGGGAAAAGUCAGGCAGACCAUCGUUUGUUUGAAAGUAGUCAGGAAUUUCCAGCAGGGUAAUGAGUCCAAUUCACAGGAUUUACUGAAGCAAUUCAAGCGAGAAGCGAUUGUAUGGAAACAGCUCGAAUCCCAUCCCAACAUCCUCCCCUUUUUUGGAAUGUAUGACUGGGAUGGUGCUCCAGGGAAGUUAUGCUUGGUCUCGCCCUGGAUGGAAGGAGGGAAUCUCGCUCAUUACUUGAACCCGCGCCCACCUAAAAUGAAACCAGUUGUCGAUCAUAUUACACUGGUAACGCUGGCUUAUGACGUCGCUUCUGGUUUGGAAUACCUUCACGACCGGAAAAUUGUUCAUGGUGAUCUGAAGGGUGUUAACAUUUUGAUACGGACUUUAAAGCCGCUAAGAGCAUGCAUCGGAGACUUUGGGUUAUCCCGGGUCUCUGACGACCAUGCAAUCAGUCUGUCGACCACAUCACAGAGCCGUGUCGAAGGGACGUUAAGAUGGCUUGCACCAGAGCUACUAUUGGACCCAAGUUGUCGGUUAUCAAAGGAAAGCGACAUUUAUGCUUACGGGUGCGUUUGCUACGAGAUUUUUGCCAGAGAAGUACCAUUCUUCGAAGAGCCAUCAGAAGGUGCAGUCGUGCUCGCAAUUGUCGAUGGGAAGCACCCUUCUCGGCUUGACAGGUUGGAAGACGAUGAAUGGAACUUAAUGCUGGCAUGCUGGAGCUCCCCUCCCGCUGCCCGACUGACCGCUUUGGAGGUCCUUGAACGGAUAAGUGGCCUGGACAGCCUGCAAUCUGCAGUACGAAAGGCUCAAACCAUCGUGCCGGCUCCCGAUUGGGACUCCAGCACCCUUACUGAUAUCCGAAAGAAUGUUAAAUACCCUUCCACCAGCGCAUUAGCAGCGGACCUGGUUCGACAACAUCGCGAUCUAAUCUCUCAGGCUGAGGAGCAGUCGAAGUCGGACAAUAGACCGCCGGUCACACUGCGGGUCCACUUUGGACAAAAUAGCUCUCCUCUGCCGGUUUCUCCCGCGAUUACGCAUGAGGGCCUUGCUAUGGAACUUUGUCGGCAUAUUUCAGCGGUUUGGGGAGUGGAAUACGACCUGAGUAACAUAGUCAUUAAAUGCGAGGAGGAGCUGUAUCCCGGUCGCUUUGAAACCCUGGAGACGGAUAGAGACGUAAGAAUAGCCUUGAGACAGCUCAAAGACGGAGUUGUUCCGAUUUUUGUGUCAUGUAUAGAUUGA